AUGAGCGCAACCUCUUCCUACCCAACUCCCCCUUGCCCCGCCGGAUCCAUCCACGCACGCGUGCUGCUAUACCGUUGGUCCACAAACCUGCGGGGUUCCUCCGCUGGCCGCCCACUCCCCUCCCUGGCCCGCCCUCUGUUUUUCUCUUUCCCGCACCUAGAUUUUCACCGGAAAAAAGCUUCCUCCAGCCCUAGGGUGCUGGUCGCAAAUGAUCCUUUGAUUUACUCAGCGUUUGGUUUGAGUCAGGCCUUGGAGACGCUGCCGCUUGUAGUGGACUACGUGACCGACAUCAGGGCGGCGGCUGGUGACAUCUCACGAGCUAAGUACGACGUCGUCGUCUUCCCGAAGAUUGUGGGCCUUGCGGACUUCAGCGACCUGUACGGCAUCCUGGUUACGUUUCUGUACGAUGGCGGAGCGGUCAUAUUGGGCCCUACUACGUACGACGUUAAGAUCACAGCCGUCUUCACUCAGAGCAUGGCAUCCGAGGUCUCCUUCUACGGCGAUGUGGGUACCGCCGUGACCAUCGACUGCGGGUAUGCGGCCGUGCCGGUGUAUAACUCCUCCAAUCGAUCUGCACAAUGGAACGCAUCUUCAGCCGCCAAUACAACUACCACCACAACCGCCAGCAGCAGCGCCGCAAUCCUUCCGAGCUCCUCCUGGCCCAGUUUGCUGAGUGCGGGGCUAGCCAGCGACAAUCCCACUAGCUACUCGGCCAACUGCGGGCCCCUGGGCGGCUCCCUAGGGGGCGGGGUGAUGUACUCGGACAGCUCGCCAAUGAAGGCCACCACCGUGUUUUCGCUGCCACGUGGCUCCGGCCGCUUCUACUACGUGGGUCUAGAUUUCGACAACGACCCACGGGACGGUUCCUGGGGCCAACUGCUGAGCGCCAUAGCGGUGCAGGCCGCGUCCAAUCCGCUGUCAGGCAACGGAUCACCACCGUCGCCGUCACCGCCGCCGCCACCGCCGGUCACCGCACCCGAGGAACCCGGACUGUACGACAUUAACGUCAACACCUCCUCAUCCACUACCCAGUGGCCUCUAGGCCGCGGCCGGUUGUCGUACACCGCCGCCGGGCUGACGGCGACGUCAGCGCUGACGGCGCCGCCGAGCCCGGCGGCGUCUCGCACAUUGUACCUCUGCCACGACCUGCCCGUCGUUAACGGCACCGGCGCUGCCGCCAAUGGCAGUAGCAACAGCAGCGGCGGCGGUGGCGCAUGGCUGGUGAUUGACCUCGGCACGCGACGUCGCGUGGCUUCUGUACGGAUCCAGGCGCUGGAGGCUGGGUACGACAACAGAUCCACGAUCCGGGGCGUUCCGGUACGUGUGGGCGCCGUACCGCCAAAUGACGUCACUGAUCCCGCCGCCGUCAACGAUCCGCUCUGUCCCGCCCUGGCGCACACCAUCUGGGUAGGCGCCGCUGUCGCCAGCGGCAGCGCUGCCGUACAAGUCUCCUGCGGUGCCAACAACAGCCUGGUGGGUCGCUAUGUGAGUUUGCAGCUGCAGGACGACAUCCCUGGAGCGUCCUGGGCUCGGAUGUGCGGGGUGGACGUCAUGGGCGUCCUGCCUGCGAAAUAUAUUACUUAA